AUGGGUGACGGUGACGGGACUGCAGAACCCUCUCGUUCAUCUCUUUCUUCUACAAAAUCUGGAAUCAUGGACUGUAAAGAAGUGGUGGGUGUAUCCAUUGAGGAAGAUGCGGAAACCACUUCGAAUACCAAGUCAUUCCGCUUUAAGACCGUUAGCAUUACAGAAAAAAUGUCUAAGGUUUCUCCCACUUGUGAAUUGUUAGCGGGAACCGAUCCAGCGUUGCCCAAUAAGUGCUCUUAUUCGUGUCGCUCCACUUGUACCUCGCAAUGGUUAAAACGGGCUGAAAAAUGUCCAUUGUGUAUGACACCAGUUAGCUCAUUUUCGCAUAACUUAGAUCUUCCACCACGUUUGCUUCCAGUGGUAUUGGUUGCUGAUUUGCUUGCAGUAGCUGAAGUAGCUCGAUUAGUUGAGAGGGGAGGUCUUUGCAUCUCUGACCGAACAGGAGUGUGUUGA